UUUCCUCCACAGGGAGUGGGAGACAGCGUGUUGGUGAAACGAAAGUGUCGAGACUAGAUCUACUCGAGUGGUCUAGCCAUGGGUAAAAUUGGCAAGCCGCAGAGGAGUAGGAAACAGAAAAAGAUAAAGGCAAUCGACCCGUUUUAUCAUGGGGAUCGCAAAGGCGUCCGCAGUAAAGAUCUCAACCAGACACCCAAGAGUUUAAUUCAAGAAAUACCAAAGAAACUGAAACGUUUAGGAUACAUAAUUGAUGAUGCGAAGAAUUCUGGUGGAAGGAAAAAAAGCAAGAACAAGUUCUUAACACCUGAACAAGGUUCUGUGAAAUAUGACAGUAAGUUUGGCACUCCACUUGGAUCAAAGAGUCCUGAAUCAAAGCCGGCUGCCAUUUCUACACCAUCACAGAAACCACAAAAGAAAAAGAAACAAAGAACCCCCAAGCAUUCAGCUGACAUGACCAAGGAACCUGGAAAAAAGGGGAAAAAAUCCAAGUUCAAACAGGAGGAUGUUGAAGAGUAUAUUGAUAACCUUAAACCCAAUAAACCGUUUGUCGAACCCUUUCAGUUCAAACGCAGGAAUGAUGAGUCACAAGCAAAAUUUAUGAGAAGAGUGGACCGAGAAACAAAUGUGGUUUUAGCUAAGGCUAAAAUUGAUGAGCAGUAUGAUGUUGAUGAUGAGAAAAAAAUUGGGAUGAUGGUCAAAGCAAAAAAGUCAAAACUGAAUGAAAAAAAGAAACAGCGUUUAGCAGACAAGAAAAAGUUGAAGGCUGAAGUAUUGAAAGAGAAAAAGCAAGAAAAACUCACUGGAUUUAAUGCUUUACAAGACAAGGUGGAGUUUGGAGAUGUUGUGCAUGCCCCUCCAGUCCUCACUGUCAGACCGAAGAAGGCUGUGGAUACUAUGGGGGUUGAUAAACCGGGACUGAGGAUGCCUGAAUUGAAAGAAGCAAUCAUCCGAAAUAUGGCAGAAUCUGCGAAUGGUGUAGACGUUUCUCUGCAAAGACAACGCGGGCAGACAGUGAAGAGGAAAGCUCUGUCAUCAGGACAGCAGGUCAUUGCUGAUGCAAGGAGAAAUGAGUUUAUUGAAGCUUAUAGGCAACUCAAAGUGAAAAAGGCAAAAAUAAAGUGAUGGAAUAGUG